AUGCCUACCGUCGAAGAAUUGAAGCAGACCGCCUUCAACGCUGAGAAGGACCUCAACUCCUACCAGGCUAAGCAGGGUCUCGGCAAGAAGAGUGACUCCACUCUCGAGUCCGGUGUCGACGAGAUGGUCGAGAAGAAGUUCGAGCAGCCCGCCGGCCUCAAGUACGGCCCCGGCUCAACUGCCUCUGGCAGUGACCACCGCGUCAUCCCCGAGGAUGAGGGUGGCACCCGUGAUGACCGUGACCGCCUCCCAACUGCUGGUCAGUUCAAUGGCACCGGCGGCCCCGAAGACGACAUCAAGACCGAGUCCAGCAACCGCGGUGGUGACCAGGAAGUCCCCAACUUGCAAGACCUGAAGCGUCGUGGAGUUGCUCAAUAA